CCUUAUUUAUAUAUUUUCCCUCAUCUAUACCCAUCAAAAAUCAAAAACAAAAUGUCAAAUGCAAGUGAUGAGUUUAGGCUAGUGUCACCAAACAUAAAUCAUGAAGGAAAAUUAGCAAGAAAGUACACAGAUGAAGGACAAGGUGCUCAAAGGAAUAUGUCACCACCAUUAGAAUGGUACAAUUUACCACAAGGGACUAAAAGUUUGUCACUAGUGGUGCAAGAUAUUGAUGCACCUGACCCAAAUGGACCUAUUGUGCCAUGGGUUAUUUGGGUUAUCACUAAUAUUCCACCAACUUUAAAGGGUCUGCCAGAAGGAUUUUCUGGAAAAAGUGAGGAAUUGGGUGGAGAUUAUGCUCAUGUUAAAGAAGGAUAUAAUGACGAAAAAGUCCCUGGAUGGCGUGGACCUAAGUUGCCAAAUCAUGGUCAUAGAUUUGAGUUCAAGCUUUUUGCUUUGGAUGAUCACCUCAAUCUGGGAAACAAGGUGACUAAGGAUAAACUACUGGAAGCUGUGGAGGGUCAUGUUCUUGGAGAGGCUAUUUUUGUUGCCAUAGCUUGAAUGAUAUAAUUUCCAUAAAUUUUCAUGCCUUUGUAUGGCAAGAGGGAGUUGAAAUAGCUAGUGUAAUAAACCAUUAACAAGUGAUAGACCUGAGACCACCGUUGUUUAAUUUCUUGUUGCAUUUGGAUAAUGCCGUAUCCUGAUUCCUACCUAGAAUUGUGUUCUGCUGCCUGCUUUAUUAUAAAAUAUAUAUUUCGAGA